CUCACACUGGUUAUUUUGGGAAAGACGAAAACCUAAAACGUGUGGGUUGCAUCGGAAUAUACCAGAAUCAUCUUCGAUAUUUAGUCAGUUUGUGAAUUUCAGGCUAGGGAUUCUAUAGUGUGUUUCAGCAGUGGGAUAAUAGCAAGCAGUUUCAUAAAAAUGUCUAUGGUACCGCUCAUCUUCAGGGACUGGUGGGACGACGAAGAAUUUUACCGUCCAUCCCGUCUCUUCGACCAAAACUUCGGCCUGGGCCUUCGCAGGGAUGACCUCAUCAACUCUCUCAGCACCAUCCGCCCCAGAAGCCCAUUAUUUAGAAACAGCUACCUCCGACCAUGGAGCCCAUCUCCGGUUCUCCAGAGGCAAAACUCAGCGUCCACCAUACAGCAGGACAAGGAGAAAUUCCAGGUGAUACUCGACGUGCAGCAGUUUACCCCGGAAGAAAUCACAGUCAAGACUUCCGGAAAGAGCAUAGUCGUGGAGGGAAAACACGAGGAGAAACAGGAUGAGCACGGUUUCAUUUCCAGGCAUUUCGUCAGGAGGUACAUCCUGCCGGAGGACCAUAAUAUCGAGGAUGUAGUAUCUUCGCUCUCGUCUGACGGAAUAUUGACUGUUACUGCUCCCAAGAAACAAAUCCAAGCAGCAUCCGGAGACAGAGUAAUUCCCAUCACACAGACUGGACCUGCAAAGCCCACUGUGCAGCCUGUUGCUGAUAGUGCGCAGCCCAAGGUUGAACAGCCUCAAAAGUAAAACGAUACUCUAUUCACACUAUGGUACAUUUAUUUUAUAAUCUCUGAAAGCUAUUUAAUACUUAUGAGACAUACGGCUUAUUGUGAAGUGCUAUGCGAAAAUAUUUUUUUCGAAAUGUAUAAUUCCGACUUGGGAUUCUGAGGUACAAGUAGGAAUUCUGAGAUACAAGUCAGAAUUCCGAGAUACAAGUCAGAACUUUGAGCUACAAGUCAGAAUUCUGAGAUACAAGUCGGGAUUCUUGAGAUACAAGUCGGAAUUCUGGGAUUCUUUCGACAACACUUCGAAACAAAAGUAACAAAACAAAGCUCAUUCGACCAACUAAUUCAUUUUCAAACUCCUGUCUUGUAUCUUCAGAAUUUUCACUUGUAAGUCAGGACUCUGACUCGAAUCUCAGAAUACUGGCUUGAAACACAGAAUAUUUUUUCCAACCUAGGAAUUGACAUGUAUCUCAGAAUCCCGAUUAGUAUCUCAAAAAAUAUUUCUUAUGGCAGUUGAACGCUUUCUGAACCUUUUUUUAUAUCUACAAUUUUUCACUUCACAAGAAAUAACUCAACGAUUUUGUUCAUAUUUAAUUAUUGAGAUUGAGAUGCUCCUUCCUUUUAAUGAGUGUUUGUGUUGAACCUAUCCCAUUUCCCUUGCUAGAUUUAAUUUGGUUUAUCCGUAUUUGUAAAGUAUUAUCGAUUUUUUUAUUAGAAUAGUUUGUACGUUGUCAAUGGUCUUAACUAAUCAAACUGAAGCUGUUUUCUCACUAAUUGUUGCAUUAUCUUGUGAUUCUUGUGAGCGUCAAUACUAUUUUUGUGUAUUAUUUUUGUAUUUUUUUGAUGUAUAUUUACUUAUUAAAUAAAAUAAAGUAAAGAAACGAAGUAAUAAAAUGCUUCGAUGAGAAU